CAAAUUUCAAAUGCAUUUGCAAGAGGCGCUAUUUCCCCAAACUCACUAACCAUUGUGUUGCCGCUUAAAUGCUUGAGCUGCUACUGCAACAGCGACCAGGACACGUCUCUAAGGACAUAUGAGGAAUACAUAAAAGUGCUUUCAUAUUUUAGAGUUUACUGUGUCUGGAUCGGCCUCAAUAUGAAGUGUCCAAGCUACAGUGACGAUUCAACAGUUUUAUGCCACAUGGAGAAAGCCGAAACAGACCUCGGUGAGGUGAAGGGCCACAGGGAUUCUCCACGGAAAUCAGCCCCGCGCUCCCCUGUGGCGCCCAACAUCUCCACCCCUGUGGAGACCAGAAGCAAAGGCCCCCAAAAUAAAGAAAACUACCAGAAUAAGCGUCAUUCUCUAGACGUGGCAUCAGACGACGAGGUGAUUAUCAGCAGUAGCGGCCUAACCGAGGACAGCGGCUACCUUUCCCUCCAAAACAGCCGGGUGGAUCAUGGGGACGUGGAUGGCGUGGACUCUCUGGAGAGGAGUGAAGAGAAAUGUGUGUCCUCUCAAUCCUUGGCCGUGGAGUGUCAUUCUGCACCCUGUCUGCCCGUGUUGAAGUUUCAGGAGGAGGUGUGCAGAGAGCUGGCUAAAGGCUUUCAAAAGAGCAAAAGUUACGACUGGACCGUCGUCGAUAAGGUUGCUGAGAACUACGGGCUGAAUAAUGUGAUCGGUGGGAAGAUGGGACGGCAGUUUGUGGACGUCCUUUGCGGCCUGUUGAGGAAAGACAUGAGGCAUGUCCUUGCCAGGAUUUUGGGCCUGUUGGGAGAUUGCGACUUAGUAAGCUGUAGAAAAGUGAGCCGGACGUGGCGCAAAAUCAUUUGCGAAGAUCAGGUGGCCCUUUGGCGCUGCAGAGAAGCAGAAAGAGCGUUAAGGGACUCUGGUCGCUCCGCGUGCUCAUUAUCACGAGACUUCACCUUGAGCAGGGUGGUGUUCUCCUGCAUGCAGACCGUCGCCUCUACGCCCGUUCACAAGGCCGUUAAGAAGCCGCAGUGCCAGACGGGUGGAGCACGAAACACAUCCAAGUCAAGUCGCUUCCAGCAGUUUCAUGAGGUUGCCCAGUCGCUCAAACAGGAUGAAUCUCUACGAUCAUGUAUCCUCUGCGGCUUUGCAGCACGGUACAACGCAGCCAUGAAGAAGGCUGUGUGCUCACGCACCAGCUGUGCUUUUGAGUUUUGCACACUGUGUCAAUCAGCGUUCCACAGCUCUGCGCCGUGCCGCAAUACCAUCCGGACCUUCUCCACUUCACAGAAAACGCUCCUCGCCGGCUCGGCUCGAAGCAAACGCAACAUCCGUCGCCUCUGAGCACCAGACGGGAAAUGUUACAAGAACUACUUUUAGGUUCUUAAUUGUUUUGAAAGACUUUAAAAAAAAAAAAAAAAAAAUGAAUGUUUUAUCUUCCUAAAUGUGAAGUGAAUUUGGCCACAUUUGUGGCCGCUGC